AUGACAGGUCAUGAUCAUUACGAAGCAACAUUUCCUCAUGACAUUCAUAACACAGUUUUAAAUGCUUGUUUAAAAGAAUAUGGGUCUUCGCCUCUUGAUGAAAGUAGUAAUGAUGAUUAUGACAAUGACAAUAAUGGAAAUCAGAUUACUAAAAGACCAAAAUCAGUAGCUGGCAGCACAUUGCAUGUUUUAUGA